GGUCAUCGGUGAGCCAAGGAAAUUGGAUUUGAGAAGGCUGGCGACGAGGAACCGGAGAGGAAGGGAGAAAGAUCAAGCUGAACAAGUGGAUCUAAGGAACCCCUUCUCUUAUCUCCAUCUCCCUCCAGUGUGGCGUGGGCUCCAUCUCUUUUUGCAGCGAUCACGAACGUCGACUACCAUCCACCGCCAUGCAAAACCCACAAUCUUUCCUGGUUAAUUUUGGGGUUUUGUUAAGAAAUGAAAAUGACUUCGAUGAAUCCCCCAAGCUCGAAGGCAAGCUCCAUUAUUUUAUCAAACCCAAAGAAGAGGAAGGAAAGAAAGCCUGAAAAAGAUCUUAAAUGGAAACUCGGAGAGAGAUCACCACACCCACACCCACACCACCCCCCAUUCCCACUCCCCCCUCCCCCCUCUUCUUUUUUGUUGCACAAUGGCAGCUAGGACCUUUUACUUUCACAAUGUGAAAGAAAAUUACAUCGGAGCUACUUAGAGAGUAUCAUUUUUAUGAGUUCAAUUAAUUGACUUAUUGUAU